AUGGCCUCCUCUGCUGCUGGCACUGCAAGUGCAAAGAAGCCGAGGACGACGAGGAAAGCGACCAAGGCCAAGGACGUGCCGGUGGUGGUGGCGUUGGAGGAUGAGGAAGAGGAACAGGCAGCUCUGACACUAUCCGUGGAGAAGGACACGCUGGACUGCGACAUCUGCUGCUUACCCUUCCAGUCUCAAUGCAAGAACGGGCAUUCUGGGUGUGCCAACUGUUGCCUUCGCACGAAUGGCAAAUGCUGGACCUGCCCCGAGCCCAUCGGCGACAUCCGCUGCCGGCCGCUCGAGAAGCUCCUGGCGGCGGCGACCACUUCCUGCAAGUUCAAGAAGAACGGCUGCUACAAGACCGUCAGGCUCACGGAGAAGCUGAGGCACGAGGAGACGUGCCCGCGCGCGCCGUACGACUGCCCCGUCGACGGCUGCACCUACAGCGGCCUGCGGCUCUGCCACCACGUCGCGCAGGACCACGGCGGCCCCGACGGCUUCGCCGCCAUCAGCGGCCUCCGAGGAACCGCGGUGACCGUGCACAGGGACGCGCCGUUCCGCGUGCUGCUGCAGCGCGACAGGGAGCGCGUGUUCCUGCUGCUCAACGGGGGCGACCUCCUGCAGGGGCGCUCGCUGUCCCUGCUCUGCCUCGGCCCGCGCCCCGAGGGCGGCGUGGAGCUGGAGUACAACAUGGAGGUGGGCGGCGCGCCGGGCGGCGAGCUCUCGCUGUCGGCGUCGGGCACCGUGCCGUGCGCCCGGCGGCUCAAGGGGUUCCAGGCCAAGGGGUUUCUCUUCGUACCGGAUGCGUACUGGGGCUCCUCCGUCAGAGUUCGUGUCUGA